UCUCAUAUCGUGAUUGUGUAUUCGACGACACCACCACCAACCCCAACUUGGACGAUUCUUAUUCACUGUAACUGGAAUGCAGCGGCGGAUACACGGUGUUCGGCGAUGCAACGGCAGUGUUCGACAAUGAAGAAAAAAUGCACAGGACAGGUUUGCGGCGGUAGUCGGCAAUGAGCGGCGGGUUGCCGGUCUCAGAGAUCGAUGUUGGACGGUAUUGUUGAGUUUGAGAAGUAUGACAAUUGAAGAUGAAGAUCUGGCUGCAAGAUCUGGUUUUUAUUACUGUUUUUAGUUUUUUCUUUAAAAACAAAAACUUGUUACAGAUAGCAGUAAAACACAUUGCAAAUUAAUUUCACAAUGAGUAAUGAGAGAUUUUGUGAAUGAAUCCAGAGAUUGCAGCCACUAAAUUUGUUGUGGAAGAUUUUCAAAAAAAAAAAUUGUUGUGGAAGAUGAAGGGGAAAAGGUUUGCUGUGAAAAGAUGCAGGGUAUUUUGUUUUGGAAGAAUCCUCUCAUCCAUUAGAUUGAUCUAACGGUUCAGAUUUGGAGAAGGAGAGAGAAGGAGGUAGUUAGGGAAGGAGACAAUCCGGAUCCUAGUUGUUGUUGCCUUCUUCUAACCUUCCACCUUCUUCGACACACCCUCCGACGAGGACGGCGAAGACCAACCCGACCACCACAUCAGAAGUUUCAACGUAACCACACAAUUUUGACCUAUCCUUCCAUCUCCUUCCUUAAUUUUCCUCUUUUGUUCAUCCCUCUUUUCCUUCCUCACCGUCGACGGCGACGACCACCGCUACCAAAAAUUAUUGCACGAGUUCAUCUCUUCAAAUACGAUACAAAGUGCAUAAACGCGUGCGUGAUAGAGAAAAUGGCGAAAACAAUGACUCUUUUUGUUCUGCUAAUAUUGUUCCUUUCGGGUUUACACUACUCAUACGCCGCUGAAGAUGAAGAAGAAGAAGAAGAAGUAAAAGCUUUCGAUGUUCGCAAACAUCUCUCCACUGUCUCCAGGUAUGGAGUUGUGAAAGACAUUACUGACAAUAACUUUAUUCCUUCUAAAAUUCCUGAAGAAUGUACUCCAAUACAUUUGAAUCUUGUGGCAAGGCAUGGAACUCGUUCUCCAACGAAGAAAAGGAUAAGAGAUUUGGAUAAUUUAUCGGCUCAUCUGGAAGUUCUUAUAAGGGAUGUGAAAGAUCGACAAUUGUCUUUGGAUAAAGUUCCUUCUUGGCUAAAUGGUUGGAAGUCUCCUUGGCAAGGAAGGCUUAGGGGUGGUGAGUUAAUUAGAAGAGGAGAGGAAGAAUUAUAUGAACUUGGAAUCAGGAUUAGAGAAAGAUUUCCAAGUUUGUUUGAUGAGGAUUAUCAUCCAGACACAUACCCUAUAAAGGCAACUCAGAUUCCCAGAGCAUCAGCUAGUGCUGUGGCAUUUGGAAUGGGUCUUUUCAGUGGCAAUGGGACUCUUGGACCUGGGCAUCACAGAGCUUUUUCUGUUACAAGUGAAAACCGUGCUAGCGACACCGUGCUGAGAUUUCAUGAUUGUUGUCGUAACUACAAGGAUUUUAGGAAAAGUCAGGAACCUGCAGUUGAUAAACUUAAGGAACCUAUCUUGGAUGAGAUUACAUCUGCGUUAGUUGGGCGUUAUGGGCUGAAUUUUACAAGGCAGAUUACAUCAUCUCUCUGGUUCUUAUGUAAACAGGAAGCAUCCUUGUUGGAUAUAACUGAUCAAGCAUGUAGUCUUUUCAGCCCAUCUGAGGUUACAUUGCUGGAGUGGACAGAUGACUUGGAAGCGUUUAUUCUGAAGGGUUAUGGUAAAUCAAUAAAUUAUAGAAUGGGGAAGCCAUUACUUGAAGAUGUUGUUCAAUCCAUGGAGCAAGCUAUUAAGGCUAAAGAAGAAAAACAUGUUCCUGGAAGCUUUGAAAAAGCAAGACUUCGGUUUGCUCAUGCAGAAACUGUAGUCCCAUUCUCGUGUCUGCUAGGUUUAUUUCUUGAAAAGUCUGAGUUUGACAAAAUUCAGAAAGAGAAACCUUUGGAGCUACCUCCAAAGCCUCCACAGAAAAGAAAAUGGCGGGGUAGCACUGUGGCUCCUUUUGCUGGUAACAACAUGCUGAUCCUAUAUAGUUGUCCUGCUCCAGACAAAGCUAGAAGCAAGCAUUUUGUGCAAGUGCUGCACAAUGAACACCCCAUUCCAAUGCCGGGUUGUCAUGGUUCUGAUUUCUGUCCAUUUGAAGUAUUCAAGGAAAAAAUAGUUGCACCUCAUCAGAAGCAUGACUAUGAUACCAUCUGUAAUGCAAAGCCAGAGCAGAAGCCUACGGGCAGCAAGAUAUUCCAAACGUUUCAAUGGCUUUCUUCACUAGGGAAAGGUGACAAGUACCCCAAAGAUGAAUUUUAGUUUGUUUUCUGGAAAGGAGACUGAGUUCAAUUCUCACGUUCGUUUUCCUUGGCGAUACCACUUUUUAACAAAUUUUCAGGCAUAAGCACCAUUUUCUUCUAGCUGAGGACCAAUUUUACAUCAAUUUCGCUGCCUGUACAAGAAUGCAUUUGAUAUUAAGCUUGGCACUUGAGCAGUCCUUGUUUGUUGUUUGAACUUGUAACACCAGAGAAUUUUAGAGAUGGAAAGUGUAGUUCUAAAUAUCAUUUUCCUUUUUUCCUUUAACAGUUCUCAGUACUCAACUAAUUCCACAGAUAAUGUAGGUUGUAGUUUCAUGUAUCACACAUUUGCUAUUUCAUUUGUACACUACUGAACUACAGUUUAUGUUUUUCCUUUUGGAAUAGUAGAUACUAAACCAGCAAGCAAUCUUAAUUAUCCGA